AUGGAAUUAGAGCUAAAAGAUAUUCAUUUAUCAAAUGAACAUGAAGAAAAGGUGUUUGCUAACUAUCAAAAAUUCACUAUUGUUAUGAGCACAGAAUUGGAAAAUACUUCAUAUAAUAGUUCAUUCUAA